AUGGCACCCUCCCGCCUCAGCGACAUUGCAGACAUUGCGCUGCCAACGACAAAGUCUACCAGCGCAACUGAUACUGUCACCACUCUCCCAGACACUCCCGCCUCGAGCGUUGGCUCUCGCACUUUCGGCAGAAGCAUCAUGAACACAUCGUUGAUCGAGAGCAAGUUCCUCAGCCACCCCGAGGAUUUGGGUGUGGUGGCUGUAGGUUUCUCGGGGGGUCAGUGCAAACCAGGUGUUGACGCUGCGCCAUCAGCGCUCAUCGAAGCCGGCCUCCUCACCCAGAUCCGCGACGAGCUCGGUUACAACCUCCACGGCCAUGACACAGUCCACCUCUACACCGACCUUGUGCCCAAGGAGGACCCCGACUACCGCAACAUGAAGAACCCCCGCGCCGUCUCUGCCGUGACAAAGAAGAUCGCCGAUCAGGUGUACAACCAGGCCAAGGAGGGGAGACUGGUCUUGACUCUGGGUGGUGAUCACAGUAUUGCCAUUGGCACUAUUGGUGGUUCGGCCAAGGCUAUCAGGGAAAGGCUGGGCAGAGAGAUCGCCGUCAUCUGGGUGGACGCGCACGCCGAUAUCAACACCCCCGAGACCAGCGGCAGUGGUAACAUCCACGGCAUGCCUGUUAGCUUCUUGACUGGGUUGGCCAAGGAAGACAAGGAGGAUAUCUUUGGGUGGAUCAAGGAUGAGAACAGGAUCAGCGUCAAGAAGAUCGUGUACAUUGGUCUGAGAGAUGUUGAUGCCGGCGAGAAGAGGAUCUUGAGGGAGAAUGGGAUCAAGGCGUUUAGCAUGUUUGACAUUGACAGGUACGUUUUUGGUGACGUUGUUGCCUGGGUCGGAAAAGAGAAGCUGACAAAAAACUUACACUUGGGCAUCGGCCGCGUGGAAGGAUAUGGCUCUCAGUCCCAUUGGCUCGCGAAAGCCCAGUAUCGUCCGGAUUUCGAUAUGGAAGCGCUAGGCUACAUGGGGGGAUCCAAUUUACCU